AUGGAUCAAUCCGAGUCAAUACUGCGCGCUGCUUCCUACCACUGCGAGGACUUUGGCCGCUCCGUCAUCCAGAUUGACCACCACCACUGCGAGGUCGUCCGAUCAUCCAUCUUCAAGCCUUUCGGCGAUGAUCCCGACGACGGCCUUGGAGCGCUCGAUAUUCUUCCCGUAGAGAUUUUGUCCUCCAUCUGCCUCAUGCUCGACGUCGAUGCUGGCUUUCGCUUCAGUCAAGCCAGUCGCCGCGCUCGGGCAGUCGUCGCCUCGAUUCCUGAGUAUCGCCAUCUCGGCGACCACGCGCUGCAAUGCCUCUGCGCGCUCCUUCGAACCGAUAUCGGCCACCACGUCGCCAUCAGCACACUGCACUCAGCACUGGUGACGCAAGAUUGCCAGUCUUGCGGUUUCUUCGCUGGAUAUCUCUUCUUGCCGACCCUCACGCGAUGCUGCUUUCCGUGCAUUGAAUCGGCCAAGGGAUUGAGCGCGGCACCUCUGGAGAAGCUGGCCAGCGAAUCUGGCAUGUCGGUCGACCAGCUCAAAGAGGCCAUCCCGAUCUUCCACACGCUGUCAACAUUACACAACUCAGCGAGCGCGAUACGCGGCGGCCGGCGAUUCCUCGUAGCAGAAAAGCACUGCAUCGGGAUUCUGCGAUCAAUCGGACACCCGGAGCCGACGCCGGCCUACUUUUCCUUGAUGCACCUGCCUGGCUUCGGAUUUGAAGCAUCCGCGACCUUGCCAUCCUUGAACCCCAAGACGGGCGAGAUUGAGACUGGAGUCUCAUGCAAAGGCUGCCAAGUAGCGAUGAGGAUCUCGCCCUCCGAAGAGGCCUACAAACUCCGACAGCGCGUGUAUUCGAGGGAGAAGUUUUUGGACCAUUUCCAAGCUUGUGCACACGCAAAGACCAUUUGGGACUCCAGCCAGCGGACAAUCAGUUUCCGUUCAUGA